AUGCUUCCUUCACGCUUUUAUGGCACUGCUAACUGCAUUAAACCUAUUCCUGGUGAUGGCUCUCUUAGCAACGAUGAUUCACUAUCUGAUUCCGAUGACGAUGUUCCGCUUUCGCGCUUGCGCAACCAAACACGUAAAAAACCUAUAAUUAUUCUACCAUCCGAUUCCGAUACUUCCGAUGACGAAAUAGUUGAUCCUAGACCUAAAAAUUUGAAACAGAAGCGAGCAGUUAAGGAAAAAAUUAUCUGGACUGAAGGAAAAAUGCCAGCGUAUGAUGAAAAUAAUUUCAAUUUUAGUGGUAGCCUGGAAUUGCCAGAGUUUGCUCAAGAAUUAGAAUCACCUGCCGAAUUUUUCCAAUUUUUUUUCACAGAAGAUUUGAUAACAUUUAUUACGGAACAGUCAAAUCUGAAAUCUACUCAGGUCAGUGUUAACAAGCCAGCAAAUAUCACAACUACUGAGAUUGAGCAAUUUAUAGGUAUUGUCAUCUUCACCUCAUUAGUUCACCUGCCAUCUACACGGAUGUAUUGGUCCAACAACAUUGGUCAGCAUCAAGUCAAUUCAAUAAUGACAUGUAAUAAGUUUGAAAUGAUAAAACGUCAUCUUCAUUUCAAUAAUAAUGAAGAUUUCAAACCACCCGGUACACAAAGUCACGAUAAACUGUUUAAAAUUCGACCUCUCAUAGAAAAAUUAAGAGAGCGGUUACUUUUGAUACCCAAAGAAGAAUAUCUGGCCGUAGAUGAGCAAAUUAUACCCACGAAAGCUCGCCACCAACUCAAACAGUACAAUCCAGGCAAACCUCAUUAG